UUGUUGGCUCGAGCUAUGAGUGUAGUCAGGUGAAAUUAUUUGGAGGUUUGAAGAAGUUUCAUUUUCGCGAAAUCAGCGCGUAAUUCUCAAUUUGUUGGCAGUGAUUUAACCGCUACUUGUUUCAUCGGAGGAAUUGAAUAUUGUUUUCAAACGAUAUGUCGGAGGAUAAGGAAAAUAAGCAUCAAGUUCUUAAACUCGUACAGCAAGGUGAAGAAACAAAAUCUACCGUUGUAACAAAUACAAAUAUCUCGACUUCCGUGUCCCAAAAGUUGUUUAAGUCCAAAGAAAAUACUGUAUCUAUUAUUUCUAAUUCGCAUCGUAAGACAGUUUCGAUGCAUGAGAAACCUGUGGACGAUAAUGACUCUAAAAGCAAGACUCAGCAGUUAAUGCCUCCCCCAAGAUUACCUCCUCCGGCUAAACGGGUAGAUGCAAUAAAAAAGAUUCGAAGUAAUGGGCAAACCAGUACCGACGUAGAGAAAGAAAAAGAUGUAAAAGAGCAAAGAUGGUGCUUAGCAGAUUUCGAAAUUGGCCCUGCUCUAGGAAGAGGAAAGUUUGGAAACGUGUAUUUGGCUAGAGAAAAAAAAUCAAGAUACGUUAUCGCCAUGAAGGUACUUUUCAAAUCACAAAUAGAAGAAGCUGGGGUAAAUCACCAAGUGCGAAGAGAAAUUGAGAUCCAGACGCAUCUUAGGCAUCCAAAUAUUUUACGAAUGUAUGGGUAUUUCUAUGACGAUUCAAGAAUAUACCUAAUUCUAGAAUAUGCACAAAAGGGUGAAUUGUUUAAGGAAUUAAGCAAUCAACCAAAUAAAUGCUUUGAUGAAGUCAGAACUGCUAAUUAUAUUUACCAAUUGGCAGACGCUUUGCAAUAUUGCCACAGUAAGAAAGUGAUUCAUCGAGAUAUUAAGCCAGAGAACUUACUUCUCGGAUCAAAGGGUGAAUUGAAGAUUGCCGACUUUGGUUGGUCCGUUCACGCACCCUCCUCUCGCAGAGAGACCCUUUGUGGUACUUUGGAUUAUUUACCGCCAGAAAUGGUUACUGGGAAAACGCAUAAUAACGCGGUGGAUAUAUGGGGUGUUGGAGUAUUGUGUUACGAGUGUUUGGUCGGAAGCCCCCCCUUUUUUGCCAAGACAUACGAAGAGACUUAUAUUAAAAUUAAGAAAGCUCAAUACAAGAUUCCCGACUUCGUUAGCGCGGACGCUUGUGAUUUAAUAUCUAGGUUACUGGUAGUCGAUCCAGAUCGCCGACUGCCCUUGGAAGACGUCAAGGUUCAUCCCUGGGUCGUGAGGUGUCGUUCGACGGAGCCCGCUAAAUAAUCGGAACGUCGGAACUAAAUAAUUGGACGUUCCCUCCGGACCCGCUAACAAUCAAAUUCGUUAAUUAUCGAAUAUUUCGUUACAUGGAAGAAAGAGCAUAAAGACUAAAUGCCGAUUAUUAUGUAUAUUUUGAAAUAAACUCCCCCGUUUACCCGCG